GAAACGCGCAGUUAAGUUAGCUAGUUCAACCGAAACGUUCACUUCAGAGCUCGGUUAAAGCAAUAUUCAUCUGCGACAGAGUAAAUACAAGCCGAUUGAAUCUUAUAACUUCCUGUUUUGUAAAUGAUAUGAUACAUACAUAGCUAACCGAUCGGUGGAUCAUCUGACGCUGUGAAUCUAGCGACCUGAUCGUACCGUUAGCUCGCUAGCUAACGUUAGCUGAAUUCUCCCUUCUCUCUGAAGUCCUGGAGCCAGCUGUCAUCAUGGCAUAGAAGGUGGCCGCCCUGCGGAGCGGCGCGGGACUGCGUGAGCAGGCUCAUGCUUGGCGCUGCGCGGGACCAUGCUGGGGCCGCUGCUGCGCAGGAAUGUGUUGGGGAAGCUGAGCGCGCUGCUGCUGCUGUGCGGCCUGGUCUGGGGCGUGCUGCUCAUGCGCUACACCUUCCAGCGGCCGCAGCACCAGAGCAGCUCGCAGCUUCGCCAGCAGAUCCUCGACCUCAGCCACCGAUACGUCAAGGUCCUCACCGAGGAGAACCGCAACGCUGCCGGCCCCCACGGAACCUCCAUGGCCGGAUACGCGGACCUCAAAAGGACCAUUGCUGUCCUGCUGGACGAUAUUUUGCAGCGUCUGGUGAAGCUGGAGGGUAAGGUGGACGCUGUGAUGAACGGGUCUCUGACGAACUCCACACACACCGUGGGUGGUCACCCCGGCCCCCCCUCUGCCAUCCUGCACCGGAACCACAAGCAGAACACACCCCAUAGGCGGCCCGAAACACUGCCCCGCCCCCAUCCGGACACACCCCACAGGCGGCCCGAAACACUGCCCCGCCCCCACCCGGACACACCCCACCGGCACCCCGAAGCACCCCUUCAGCAGGCCCCUGAAAGGCCCGGGCCAGGCAGAUAGCGUGCACCCAGGGACCCCUGAGAGGCCUGGCCCUGCCCUCCUUCAGCUGCGGCUCUCACGCACUCUGAAUCAGCUUUUUUACAGACUCUCUUUUUUUAUUUCCUUACAUGCAGGUUUAAGUUUAAAUUUUGCUUAAUGUUCCUUUUUUUAAUCAUGUGGAUGACGGUCUCAUCGUUUCACUGCAGUGGCAGACAGGGUGCAGGAGAGAACAGGAGCGUAGCUGCUGCCGCCCCAGAGCAAUCACAGCUGUUCCUCUGCGGACCCACAUGGGCCUCAGAUAUCAUUACGUUCAGCCUUUCUGCGAGAACAUCCAUAUCAGCGUGUUGUGUUUCGUUCUCACAGGUGCCGAAACGGUGGCUUGCAUAGUGGGAUCUAAUCAAGACAGAAUCAAUACGUAACACAAAACAAUGUAGCUGUACAGGAGAUUAUAAAAGAAAAUCCAAAGAUGGUUAUUUGCACUGUACUGUAGAGACUGAGGACAUGUAUUUUUCAUAGAUUAAUGAACAAUUAAAAUGUAUGGAGUAGAAUGUAUAUUUGUAAGGAGGGGGUAUUUCGUGUGGUCUAACGCAUCACAGAGACAUCCUUCUCGCAGACCAUUUCUUGCGUAAACUCUUGUGUAAUCGGUGGUUUAACAGUUUGUGUGUGAAAUUAGAGGUUGUUACCUAAGCUGUUAACAGUGAAGCCUUAAAGUCAUAUUUAUAUGUUUUCUCUCAUUAAAAUGAAAAUUGUUCUUAAUCAUGAUCUUCAUUAGGAAUAUUUAAAUUAUGAAUUUACAGUAACCGACAGCAAUGCUUUUCAUAAGUGUCCACGCCAGCUUGAGUUGAAGUGUAUUCAUACAGAUAUCUUACGCAAGCAUGUUGCUUCUUACUGCAGCGUGACCCUCUGAGACAUUAGAUCAUUUGAACUUUUCCUGUGUAAACGGAGCACACAAGAAAAAUUAAACCAAAUCAACUUUGUGGAUGUGUCACAUAUUUAUCAGUCCAGCUUGUACAGGCUGUCAGAGAUACUCUAAUUAGUGAACAGAUAUUCAGCUCCAUGUGCUUUAGAUGGAAAACUCCCAUCUUUGCUUUACUGACGGUGAUGCUUUGUAUUUGCUGUCUCAUUGGGAGUAUUCACAAAGACCGAACAAACAUCACUAGCAAAGCGGACCAAGUUGGAACCUCUUGGGGUUGGCACAGCGAGCUGAUUAUCUUUUCAUCAAAGAAAAUAUCUGUGAGGCCACCAUGUGCGCUUGGCACGUCUGAGCACAAUCCCCGUGUGAGAUGUUGAAACUCGUGUCAGUUUUCUCAGUGAGUCUUGAACUCCGUGAGUAAGAUGCUGCAGAGCAGAACGCAGAGCCGCCUCUCUGUAAGAACGGCCGUCGCCUCGUUGCACCGCGUGCAGCUGAGUGGCUCUGCCUCUCUGUCCCUGUUUUCCAGCCCCGGGUCGGAGGACUCACUGUGGGUGUCGUUUUCACUUUCGUUUUCAUUCCGUCUGAGCGCUGAAUUAAUUUUGCUUGAAUGAGCUGCGUGAUUGAUUGAAUAUGGAUUAGAGGGGAUAAUGUAAGAGUUCCUCAUGGAGAGCCCCACCCUCCUGCCAAAGACAGACAGGUAGAGCAGCCUGUUUCCCAGCAACAUGCCAAGCUGUACUCAGGUGAUUUCCAGGUGAGUGAGGACCAGGUGAAGCCUGAUAGGACCUUUGUGCAUCAGGACUGAGUGAUUCAGUCAGAAAGCCACUGGUUCCUAGUGCAGUCUGUAGCCUGGGUUUAAGCCCAGCUGUGUCAUUUGGUGACAGCGACUGGGAGCCGAGGAGGCCUGAGCAAAGUAGCUCUGCUCCACUGGAACGGGUCAGACCACCUGACCCCCCCCCGGGGCUUCCUCCUCUCACCGCUCUCAGGCACCCAGCCAGUCCUCACCUCCCUGCAGGCUGCUAGGAUGAUGUCAUUGGAGUAACACCUCCAGCUGCCGCCCGCUUCGCUGCAGUGCACUGUGGGACCUGCAGCGCUGAAGAAGCCGUUGCUGCGAGAGUGUAUCAGGGGGUCGAAUUUGUCUCCUUCACAGCCGCAGCAGGGGGACAAAAGCACAGUGUGUGGGAACGAGGCCCUGUGAGGGCUCACUGCUCACAGCGGCCAUGCUUUUUCUGUAAAAGUCUAAAAGCAGUUUUUAUGGUUAUACACCUGUAAAGAAUGACAGUGUGUAUCUGCCAGUUGUGUGUCGUGAAUCCUGCUUUCUGUGGAGUUUGUCCUUCCUGAAUCCCACAGUUGAAGCAGCAGCAGAUGAGUUACUCAGACCGGAAGCGUCGGGCCGGGUUUCUGCUCAGCAGGGCCGCCCGACGGUGCAAAUGCUGGUGGGAAACGGGGUGCUUUCCUCCACCGAAAGCAAACCCAGGACCAGCUUAUCCACCCUCAGUCUCAACCCCAACCAUUAACCGCACAAUGCUGACUCUGAUCCAGGAUCAGCUGCUAAGAGCAGAAAGUACCAGCAGCAAAGGUUGCCAUCCACUAGGGACAGUAAAUAUGAGCUCGUUCAGGGUGUUUAUGUGGCUUACAGACAUUGAGUAACAGCUGUGGUUCUGUUUGUUGCAGACUGAAUGGGAGUUGAGUAAUAAUUUUGCCUGCAAUUGCAUGCUAACCAGCAUUGGCCCCUGACCCCCUAUUAACCCCUCACUUGAAGGCUGUUGCUCUAGGG